UAAAGUGCCCCAUAAACCCGAUUUUCCCGCCAUCUCCCACUCGUUCUCUCUGCUUAUGCCCCUCUCCCAGCCUCCGACCACAGCAGGUUAAAUCUCUUUUACUCUUCUCGAGUUUUCCUUGUGCACCAGACUACUCUCUCUGAAAUAUUGAGAAGGGCACUCCGGUCCUGCUAAAUAGGAGUUGAAGGCAUGACAAAAGCCAGAGAUAGAACUGAGGAUUUUAAGGAUGUUGUGCGCCGAGCAGCACUAAAUUUGGGAUAUGAUGAGUCCAAAAUUGCAGCGAUAAUGGCGUCUUUUAUCAUGCAUAAGUUUCUAGAAAGAUCAUUGUUCACCAAAGCUGCACUAACAACGCUUGAAAGUAUUAGAGCAUUAGAGCAGUUCCUCUUGAAGCAUAAAAAGGAUUACGUAGAUGUAUACCGAAUUACUGAAAAAGAGAGGGAUAGCAUCGAGCAUGAGGUUACAGUUUUCAUAAAAGCCUGCAAAGAGCAAAUAGAUGUACUCAAGAAUAGCAUAAAUAACGAGGAAGAAAAUUCAAAGGGAUGGCUUGGUUUAAGGAGUGACAGUUCGAAUGCUGAUACCAUAGCUCACAAACAUGGAGUGGUAUUGAUCUUAAGCGAAAAGCUUCACUCGGUAACAUCCCAGUUUGAUCAGCUUCGAGCUGUACGCUUUCGAGAAGCUAUCAACCGGGUGACACCUAGAAGAAAAGUCAAACAGAAAGGCUCUACUGUUGCAGAGAGCUCAACUUCUGGAAGUAUUGAGUCGUCGAGGGAAGUAAGCAAUGCAGAAACGAGGCAGAAAGAUGAUGGUCAAGCAGAGCCAAUUAGAUUCCAGCAACAGCACUUAGAUGAUGAGACACAUGCCCUUCAGGUAGAGUUAGCUACGAUGUUAGACGCUGUUCAGGAUACAGAGACGAAGAUGGUGGAAAUGUCAGCACUGAACCACCUCAUGUCUACUCAUGUUUUGCAACAGGCCCAACAGAUCGAAUUUUUGUACGAGCAGGCAGUUGAGGCUACAAAUAACGUGGUGCUUGGGAAUAAAGAGCUGUCACAAGCCAUCCAAAGGAAUAGCAGUAGCAGAACUUUUCUUUUGCUCUUUUUAUUUGUCCUUAUCUUUUCAGUUCUCUUUCUUGAUUGCUAUAGCUAAUUUACAUUUUAAUAUUGAUUGAGCAUGAAUUUUAUUCAAA